AAUUCAUCAGUAAAGGACACUUGCAGAGAUGGCCCCAGUUCUUCACUUCUAUGUCCGUCCCUCUGGCCAUGAGGGGGCAGCCUCUGGACACAUUCAAAGAAAACUUAAAGGGAAACUGCCAGGGCUACAGGGCAUCGAGACCGAACUGUGCUACAACGUGAACUGGACAGCUCAGGUCCUCCCAAAUGCGGAGGAGAUGAAGAAACUGAUGUGGCUGUUUGGCUGCCCUUUGUUGCUGGAUGAUGUUGCUCAGAAGUCCUGGCUCCUUCCCGGCUCCAGUGACCUGCUGCUGGAGGUUGGCCCCAGGCUGAACUUCUCCACGCCAACCUCCACCAACAUCGUGUCAGUGUGCCAGGCCGCUGGACUAGACACUGUGGAUCGUGUAGAGAUUACCCGGCGCUACCAGCUCUCGUUUGCCCACCCUCCUCCCGCUGAGGUGGAGGCCAUUGCUCUGGCUGUCCUUCAUGACCGGAUGACGGAGCAGCACUUCCGCUAUCCCAUCCAGACUUUCUCCCCUGAGAGCACCCCAGCACCCCUCAAUGGUCCUAUCAACAUAUUGACUGAGGGCCGGCCUGCUCUGGAAAAAGCCAACCGAGAGCUAGGUCUGGCCCUAGACUCCUGGGACCUGGAUUUCUACACCAAGCGCUUCCAGGAAAUGCAGCGGAACCCCAGCACCGUGGAGGCCUUCGAUUUGGCUCAGUCCAAUAGCGAGCACAGCCGACACUGGUUCUUCAAGGGCAAGCUCCACGUGGAUGGGCAAAAGCUGGCACACUCUCUGUUCGAGUCUAUCAUGAGCACCCAGACAUCUUCAAAUCCCAACAAUAUACUCAAGUUCUGUGACAACAGCAGUGCGAUCCAGGGCAAGGAAGUCCGAUUCCUACAGCCUGAGGACCCCACACGGCCAAGUUCCUUCCGGCAACAGCAUGGGCUGAGACAUGUUGUCUUCACAGCAGAGACUCACAAUUUCCCCACAGGAGUAGCCCCCUUCAGCGGUGCGACCACGGGCACAGGGGGCCGGAUCCGAGAUGUCCAGUGCACAGGCCGCGGGGCUCACGUGGUGGCUGGCACUGCCGGCUAUUGCUUUGGAAACCUGCACAUCCCAGAUUACAGUCUGCCCUGGGAGGACCCGAGCUUCCAGUAUCCUGAGAAUUUUGCACAGCCUCUGGAGGUCGCCAUUGAGGCCAGUAAUGGGGCUUCUGACUACGGCAACAAGUUCGGGGAACCAGUGCUGGCCGGCUUCGCCCGCUCCUUCGGCCUUCAGCUCCCAAAUGGCCAGCGGCGUGAGUGGAUUAAACCCAUCAUGUUUAGUGGGGGCAUUGGGUCCAUGGAAGCUGAUCAUGUGUGCAAAGAGCCCCCAGAGCCAGGCAUGGCAGUUGUGAAGGUUGGGGGUCCUGUCUACAGGAUUGGAGUUGGGGGUGGAGCUGCUUCAUCUGUCCAGGUGCAGGGAGACAAUGCCAGUGAACUGGACUUUGGGGCCGUGCAGCGGGGAGACCCGGAGAUGGAACAGAAGAUGAACCGCGUGAUCCGAGCUUGUGUGGAGGCCCCCAGGGGAAACCCCAUCUGCAGCCUCCAUGACCAGGGCGCCGGUGGCAAUGGCAAUGUCCUGAAGGAGCUGAGUGACCCAGCAGGAGCCAUCAUUUACACCAGCCGCUUCCAGCUGGGAGACCCGACCCUGAAUGCCCUAGAAAUAUGGGGGGCCGAGUACCAGGAGUCAAAUGCCCUUCUGCUGAGGCCUCCCGACCAGGACUUCCUCAGUCGUGUCAGUGCCCGGGAGCGCUGCCCUGCCUGCUUUGUUGGCACCAUCACUGGAGACAGGAGAAUAGUGCUGGUGGAUGAUCGGGAAUGUCCUGUGGGAAGAAACGGCCAGGGGGAUGCCCCCCUGACACCUCCUCCAACCCCUGUGGACCUGGAGCUUGACUGGGUGCUGGGCAAGAUGCCUCAGAAGGAGUUCUUCCUCCAAAGGGAGCCCCCUCUGCUGCAGCCUCUGGCCUUGCCUUCAGAUCUGACCGUGCGCCAGGCCCUGGAGCGGGUUCUAAGGCUGCCCGCUGUGGCCAGCAAGCGUUACCUCACCAACAAGGUGGACCGCUCCGUAGGUGGCCUGGUGGCCCAGCAGCAGUGUGUUGGGCCCCUGCACACUCCUCUGGCAGAUGUAGCAGUUGUGGCACUGAGUCACCAGGAGCUCGUAGGGGCUGCCACAGCCCUGGGAGAGCAGCCAGUCAAGAGCCUGCUGGACCCCAAGGUUGCCGCUCGACUGGCUGUGGCUGAAGCCCUCACCAACCUAGUGUUUGCUCUGGUCACUGACCUCCGGGACGUGAAGUGCAGUGGGAACUGGAUGUGGGCUGCCAAGCUCCCAGGGGAGGGCGCGGCUCUGGCCGAUGCCUGUGAGGCUAUGGUGGCAGUGAUGGCAGCCCUGGGUGUGGCGGUGGAUGGAGGCAAGGACUCCCUCAGCAUGGCUGCCCGGGUUGGCACGGAGACUGUGCGUGCUCCCGGGUCGCUGGUCAUCUCCACCUAUGCUGUCUGUCCAGACAUCACGGCCACUGUGACUCCAGACCUCAAGUGUCCUGGAGGGAGAGGCCAUCUCCUCUAUGUGCCUCUGAGCCCUGGGCAGCACCGGCUCGGGGGCACGGCUUUGGCCCAGUGCUUCUCCCAGCUCGGGGAGCUGCCUCCUGACCUAGACUUUCCCGACAACCUGGUGCGUGCCUUCAGCAUCACCCAGGGGCUGCUGAAAGACCACCUCCUCUGCUCAGGCCACGACGUCAGCGAUGGAGGCCUUGUCACCUGCUUGCUGGAGAUGGCCUUUGCUGGGAAUUGUGGGAUAGAGGUGGAUGUGCCUGCCCCUGGGGUCGACGCACUGCCUGUGCUGUUUGCCGAGGAGCCAGGCCUGGUGCUAGAGGUACAGGAGGCAGACCUGGCCCAAGUGCUGACACGCUACCGGGGUGCCGGCCUCCAGUGCCUGGAGCUGGGUCACACAGGCGCCGCUGGGCCCCACGCCAUGGUCCAGCUCUCAGUGAAUGGGGCUGUGGUUCUGGAAGAGCCUGUUGGGCAGCUGCGAGCCCUCUGGGAGGAGACGAGUUUCCAGCUGGACCGGCUGCAGGCAGAGCCGCGCUGUGUGGCAGAGGAGGAGCAAGGCCUACGGGAACGGAUGGGGCCCAGCUACUGCCUGCCCCCCACCUUCCCUCAAGCCUCGGUGCCCCGUGAGCCUGGUGGUCCCAUCCCCCGAGUCGCCAUCUUGCGAGAAGAGGGCAGCAAUGGAGACCGGGAGAUGGCUGAUGCCUUCCACUUGGCUGGGUUUGAGGUGUGGGAUGUGACCAUGCAGGAUCUCUGCUCUGGAGCAGUCAGGCUCGACACAUUCCGUGGUGUGGCCUUUGUGGGCGGCUUUAGCUAUGCGGACGUCCUGGGCUCUGCCAAAGGGUGGGCAGCUGCUGUCACCUUUCAUCCACAGGCAGGGGCUGAACUGAGGCGCUUCCGGAAACGACCAGACACCUUCAGCCUGGGCGUGUGUAAUGGCUGUCAGCUGCUGGCUCUGCUGGGCUGGGUGGGAGGUGACCCCAGCGAGGAGGCAGCAGAGACAGACCCUGACUCCUGGCCAGCCCGGCCUGGCCUCCUGCUUCGCCACAACCUGUCUGGGCGUUAUGAGUCUCGCUGGGCUAGCGUGCGUGUAGGGCCUGGGCCGGCCCUGAUGCUGCGAGGGAUGGAGGGUGCCGUGCUGCCCGUGUGGAGCGCCCAUGGGGAAGGUUACAUGGCAUUUUCUUCUCCUGAACUCCAAGCCCAGAUUGAGGCCAAGGGCUUGGCUCCGCUACACUGGGCAGAUGAUGAUGGAAACCCCACAGAACAGUACCCGCUAAAUCCCAAUGGGUCACCAGGGGGCGUGGCUGGUGUCUGCUCCCAUGAUGGUCGCCACCUGGCUCUCAUGCCUCACCCUGAGCGGGCCGUGAGGCCUUGGCAGUGGGCUUGGCGGCCCCCACCAUUUGACACUCUGACCACCUCACCCUGGCUGCAGCUCUUCAUCAAUGCCCGAAACUGGAUCCGGGAAGGAGGCUGCUGAGGGGGCCAGGGAGGCUCACCUGGCCUAUAGUUUGUCUGAAUGUCUGCCACCCUCUCCCCAAUCAUCUUCAGGAGCACCCAAUAUUAUUUCCAGAAGUAUCUUGGAACUUUUAAAGAGCAAAAUGCCACAGAAAACAGACAAACAGAAACUCAGAUGAUUCGGUCACCUGCCCGCUUUUGCCUCAUGUUGCUGGGUCUGUGUACCCUUCUGCUCUAACAUGGACUGCCUUUCUCCAGGCCCAGAAAGCAGCAUGUGCUUCAGAGACAAGAGCCCACAGUAGAAAGGUAGGGUGCAGGCUGUGGAGAGGGGGUUCCAUUGACCAACCUCAUUUAGUGACCACUUAUCCUCAUUUCCCUUAUCUGGGCUCUCAGGGAUGUUGUAGGCCUCUCUUCUCAUCACUGAGGUUUAGGGGAUGGGUGGGACACAUGAAAGCACGCAGGUCAGCCCUUUCCUCCUCACUGUUCUCAUCUGAGGAAUAGCAGGAGCUUUCUGGAUUCCAUUAAAUGCUGUGUUGUGCUAAAUGUAAGGAGUUCCUGCUUGCAGGAGUUUCCUUGGCUGUCUCUGGGCUGGCCUGGUGCUGGCCUCUGAACUCAGUAUUCCUGAUUAUUUGCUUCUAAUUUAGCAGCUCCCUUUCUGACAGAAGUGGUUAGCACCGUCAUCCCUAGAGUAACCCUUAAUAUAUUGGAGUACUACUUCUUCCUUCAUUCCAUUGAUGUUCCUUGACUAGCUAUUUGAGUACUAUUACUGCCCCAGGAAGUUGAUGGUGUAAUAGAAUCUAAACUAGCUAUAGGUAGCAUUUACCUCUAGCUAAGCAGGUGCUAGGCAUUUUAUAUGUAUCAAAAUUAAUUAAUUCUUGGGACUAGCAGUUGGCAUAAUGACUAUGUCACAGGACUCCCAUGUAGUCGACCGCUGUUCGAGUCCCAGACCUGGUGGCUUAAACUCACGCUGGGUACGUGUGUGUGCAUGCCCAAGAUCCCAAGAGGAGAACUAAGGAGAAGGGAUAGGGUCACACAGCUUGUGAGGGACAGCUUUGAGGACAUUGUUGUCAUACUUGGGACACCUGCCUUCCACUGUCCUUUAGUCACAUAACCAAGAAGCAGUGUUACCGAGAUUUCUUGCUGACAGUUGUCUUGAGUCAUCCAUUGUUUUUUCUCCUUCAUAUCCUCUCAUGGAUGUGUGUAGAGGUCACUUCCUUAAGACUCCUUUUGUACAACUUAUUUGGCUCCCUGAAAAUGUCCAGCGUCUUUAUUAAAAGAGUUUGCCUGAAAAUGGAGACUCGAAUCUCAAAUUCCUGAGGGCUUCAGGGUCUGGAGUAGGAGGAGGGAGGCCAAAAACUUGUGCUUUUAAACAGGGAAUGGUGAUUCUAAGAAAUUGAUAAUGAGGCAAUAUUGGCUGUGAUUAUGGAGAAAAAUGUCCAGAUCGUUUUCUCAUUGCCUUUCAGAGUGACCUGCCUUGAGGAGUGUGGGACUAGUAAGGAUCUUUUUUGGUUGUUUAAUUCAUGCUAAAAUGUAUGUAUACACAUGUGAGAGAGAAGCAACUCCCCCACAGGGUCUGGGGAGUGGCCACUCCACCAUACCCUUCUUGCUUCCCUCCAUCCCAUUGGAUCAUCGGUACUCAAUGUGCCUGGCAAGGUUGACUGGGCCAGGGCUUCAAACCACAGUGCCAUGGAGCCAGCCCAUAGCAAGGAUCGUAUUUGGUAUUUGAGCAUGACAUUCCCUCCUGAUGCUAGGAAGAUUUAUACACACCCCCACACAUAUAUGGCCAGCAGCUGGUGUGGUUAAGGUGCUGGAUCCCACAU